AUGGGUGAAAUAUUUAAUUCUCAAGAAUAUCAGAGUUUUCGUAGUUCUGUAUGUCAUAAAAAGAUUAUAGUGGAUGAUGACAAUAGAAAGGAAUGGAGUUUAUAUGAUGCUGGUCCCAAAUCCAUCAAAUGUCCUUUAGUUUGUUUUCCUCCAGCCAGUGGUCAAGCAGAUAUAUAUUUUAGACAAAUAUUAGCUCUGACUGCUGUUGGUUUUAGAGUUAUAUCAGUAGAAUAUCCUGUGUAUUGGACUAUGAAAGAAUUUUGUGAAGGUUUUAAGAAAUUAUUAGAUCACCUUCAAUUAGACAAGGUUCAUAUUUUUGGAGCUUCCUUGGGAGGAUUUUUAGCCCAAAAAUUUGCUGAGUAUACUUCCCAUGCACCACGAGUGGCCUCAUUAGUUUUAUGCAAUUCUUUUUAUGACACCAGUAUUUUUCAACAAACCAGUUCAGCACCAACGUUUUGGAUGAUGCCUGCCUUAUUUUUAAAGAAGAUGGUAAUGGGUAAUUUUGAUAAGGGAAUGGUAGACCCAGAAAUUGCGGAUUCUAUAGAUUUUCUAGUGAAAAAGUUAGAUUGUUUAUCACAACAAGAAUUGGCUUCCAGAUUAACAUUAAAUUGUAUGAAUUGUUAUGUAGAGCCCCAUAAAUUACAGGGGAUACCAAUUACUUUAAUGGAUGUGUUUGAUGAAUGUGCACUAUCAUCAGCUGUAAAAGAUGAAAUGAUGAAGUGUUAUCCUGAUGCUGUGCGUGCUAGUUUAAAAUCAGGAGGCAAUUUUCCUUAUUUAAGCCGAAGUGGAGAAGUCAAUGUCUUUCUACAGACAAUUCACUGGAUUAUAUUAUUUGUAAGAUAG